AUGGGUCAGAUCUGGGAGAGGAUGAUUCUCCGGCCAGACCAGACCAGACCACACGGUUUUCCCAGAGACCCUCCCUCACCCCCUGCAGCAUGGCGUCAUCCGUCUGGUCUGAGACGCUGCAGGGCGCUCGAAUACAAACGCUCACUUGGAGUCAACAUGGCGGCGUUGGAUGUCAUUGUGGACAACUUUGUCAAACUCUGGAAGAUACCAGCCGUCCGACAGCGGUUCCCCUGGAUGUUUUUGGUGAUUUCAUUCGUGGGAUCAGUUCUGCAGUACCUGGAGCUCGUCCCGCAGACAUAUUUCAGCAGCAGCAAAAAUGCCCUGAACGUGUAUUUUGUCAAGUUGUCCUGGGGGUGGAAUUUGCUGCUGCUGACGCCCUUCCUCCUGCUCACCUACUCCUUCAGCAGGAGUGUGUACUUUCUCGGCCGGCGGCUGCUGUCUCUGGUUGUGGCGACCGCCAUCUGGUACUUCUGCACAGAGACGUUCUUCUACAUUGAGGACGUGACCGGCUCGUGUUUUGAAACUGACACCAUGGAUGUCAUCACCAAGGAGUUCACCUCCAAAGCCAGCUGCAGGCGGGCCGGCUUCCGCUGGCAUGGCUUCGACAUCUCAGGACACUCCUUCAUCCUGGCGUACUCCGCUCUCCUCAUCAUGGAGGAAACGGCACACAUGGCCUCCCUCAAGAGAGCCAGUCUCCCUGCACUGCACAGGAUGGUCCUCAACCUGCUGUACUUGGCCUUGAAUCUUAUCGUGAUCAUUUGGGUGUGGAUGUUUACCUGCACCUCUAUUUACUUCCAUGAUCUAUAUCAGAAUUUGCUCGGGACCAUAUGUGGCCUGUUGGGGUGGCAUCUGACAUACCGGGUUUGGUAUCUAAAUCCUUUGUCACCAGGACUCCCCCCUCAGCCUCACAGGUUUGGACAGAAACAACACGCCUGAGCUGCACUCAUACUUCCCUACAACAUUGUUGCUAAUGUUGCAGCCAUCCUCCAAACAACACACUCAUGUUGAGGUUAUCUGUCUUUGGGUCCAAGCUGCCCAAGCUAGUUAAAGCUAUUUUAAGUUAUUCCCUCCUCACGGAAAGGUCAUUUUGUUCAGGAUGACUGGCUUGUAGUUCCUUCAUGGUGUUUGGCAGCUGCUGCUCCCGAAAUGACUCUUGGUAAUCUGAGAUCAAAGCAAGACGCUGCUCUGCUGCCCAGCUUCGGCGUCUCACCUUCACUCUGUGUGUGGCUUGCAUGCUGCACUAUUGUCUCCCAGUUUGUUGCCUUACAGUGCUUUACUCAGAGUAAUCACAGUUUUUAGAAGUCUGAGUGGGAUCACGUUAGAAUGUUUACAGCUCCAGUCGGCUAACACUGAUGUUGUAUAUUUUUGCAGCUGUUUGUUGUUUUUGUAGGAAACUGCCCACAGAACAAAGUCAGAUAAGAGACUGUAGCUAGAGUGGGCUCACGUUUCAUUUAAAUGAACUGUCCGUUUCUCAUCACAUGUCGUUCGGGGUUAGCGUGUGUCAUCACUAUAUGUGAAGUUUGCUCAGAGGAUGUAGCUUGAAUAGCAGGUAUAAAAAUACUGUUAAUGUCUCAUCAUACAGUACGUAGACUGUAGUUAUAACCAGCCCUGCAAGUGCAAAUUAUUGAUAUUGAAAUCCUGGAAAUAUUAAUGAUUAUUUUUAUUAUAGAUUAAUCUGCCAUUUUUUUUGAUUGAUUAAUCAACUAAUUGUUUCAGCUGUAAUUUUAUAAUUACAAUAUGAAAUCUCUAAAUCUGAAUUAACCUGCUAAGCAGUGUCAUCAAAUAUUGCCAAAGCCUGAUAUCUUAUUCCUUUGUGCCAUAGAGCUCCAGUGUUGUCCAGAAACAUUUAAAAACACAUGGAUGAAAACAGGCACUUUGUUAUUUUCAGUCCUGCUGCCAGAAAUACUUACUAAAGCAACAAAUAUGCAUUAAUCUGCGUCUGAAAAUAGUCCAAAACAAAUACGGUAUUAACUGUAGUUUUCUGAAAAGUACCAUGAAUAUAAACUGAAGGGUUUUUUUAAUUGACCUGUUAUUAAAGUUUGACGUCCUCGAGGCUGAGUGCCACAGACGUGGUAGGAAAAGUUGACUUACGAGAUUCUUUGUUUUUGGUAUUUUUUUAAGAAUUUGUUGACAAUAAUGAUAAUAUAAAAUGACAGCUGCCUCAGCGUGUAACUGGGACUGUUGGGAAAAUUAAGAUGCUCUUCACUCAGAACUUUUAUUCCCAAGAACUACUUCUGGAUGACACAAAGGUUCCUCCAGCCUGUUGUUUGCGUUUGCACCGCAGCCUAAAGACCCUGAAGAAUACGCAGAUUAGUCUGUUUUUACACUUGAUUCUUACCUGAUACGUCCAUCUGUCUUAUUUUCUUUUAUUUCCCUACAGCUUUGUGCUGUAACUCUAUUUUGAUAUGUCGAAACAAUUUGGGUUGCAGCUGCAGAUUUUAAAAAUCGUGUCUGAAAGAUUCAAGAAGAAAAGAAAAUCCUCAGAGUACUCGACCAAUCAGAAAUUGUUAGCACUGCAAGCCCCACCCCCAAAGUUUGCAUUCUACUUCUCCCACCUGAGCAAAAUAAUGUCUCCGGGACUUAAUUUAGACCCUGGUCCCUGCGGUGGAAACGCAACAACUGUCCCUAACGUACGUGUAAAUCAUAGCAGAAUUUUAAAGAAUAUCAAUAAGUUUAAUGACAUGUGAAAUACACAUUUACAAGCUCUACACUGAAGCGAACGUAGCGAGUUUUGGUGAAAUAAAAACCAGGAUCUGCGUAUUCCAUUUUCAUUAUUUAUUUGUCAUUGAUGGCAACUGAAUAAAUUAAGGCUUAUGAACAAACAUCAUAAAAAGCACCAUAAAUAAAUGCAUAUAUAGAAAUAUAAAAAAUAAAAAGUAAGAAAUAAAAAAAUACUAUAGUGAAAUAUAAUGGCCACAAAUCACAACUAGGAUUUCUCGACUUGAACUCUUUGUGUGUUCCCAGAAGUACAGAUCCAGACCCCUCAGGUAGCAUGAUUUCAGUCAGAAGAAGCAGAGGUUGUAACAGAUGUGCCUGCAGUAACCAAAAUUGUUCACGAUGACUGGCUGGUUAUGAGGUUUUCUUAACGUUUGUGAAUGUCUGAGCAUCGAAAAGUCAACAUAAAAUAACAAUUAUGAUUCAGUUGCAACAGGAAAUAGUAUGUUACACUUCAGAGUCCUCUCGCUUACGUCAGAACUUAUGAAAUAAAUAAAUAUUCAGGUAUGUAUUUUUAAAUCUUCUCUUUUUGCCAUUUGCAUCACUGCUGCUCAUGUGAGAGCAGUUUCACAACAGAUAACCUCCCUGUUUCCUUAAAUGCAUAUCUCAAAUGUCUUCCAGGCAUGAAGGAUUGAUUCCAGACACUUAAAUCUGCUGUCUAUGGCUUUACUGCACUCUCCAUAUCUCCAUUACCAAAUAUGAAGCUGAGCUACAGCUUCUACACUUCUGUUUUCUGGAUGAGAAUCAGAUUUAUCACCAGAUGUGAUGCAGCAGGGAGACGCUGCUAUUAAAGGAGCACUGAUCAUCGUCUUUGGUUUAACGUAAUCUGCCACAGCUGCAGCGUGCUGCUAAUCACCACCUGCAGAGAUGAGUUUCUGUCGCAGGAGAAAACAGGGAGCAUCCAAACUGGAAAAUAAAUGACUUUCAUUAUCCAAAGCCUGGUAGUUAUCCUUCUUAAUGACAGAAAGAAACACUGAGCUGCGAGUCCUCACUGCAAGAAAGUCUGUAUAACCAGCCAUAAAACCAAAAGCAGCGUACACCUCCAGCCAGUACCUCACGUAAUGAGUUAAAACUAAAGAGUGCACAGGUUCAGGAGCAGAAUUCUAGCAUGAGAAACCCUGGAGAUCUGACUCAGAAACAGCAGAAAGGCUCCCAUUAAGGGUAAGUGUGGAGCGAGAGAAGUACACUGCAUCAUCACACAACGAGACAGCUGGCGAGGCUAACAGGGGGAAAGGCUUUCUUUUUCCUCGUCAUACUCCUUUUAGCCUUCAGAUGAGUCAGCUUCUCCUCCCCUGUUCCCCUUAUUUAACCUGUGAGCUCAUUAAAAAUUCAGCACGGUGAAAUAAGUGAGACGAUGUAUAAUUAAAAAAUAUCUAUCUGUAAAAACAAUCUUGCAUCUGUCAGGAGGAGUCGUCGACAAACAGGCCGCGGUAAAAUCCAGGGGUUUUUCUCGCUCAGUAUUGCUGAGGGACCAUCUCCAACACACUGCACAGUGCAGGUGCUUCAAAGGUUACAAACAGCGUCAGAACGUUUAGAAAUCUGUGGUUCUGAUGCUCGGUAGCGAUCAUAAAUUCUGCCUCUGGGAUACAAAAUCCUCCCGUCACGAGACGCUCACACGAUAAGAAAGUACCCAUGCAAUGAAAUCUACAUCCUACAGCUAAUGCAACACUAUUGUGCCAGAGACGCAGAAUUUACAAUUUUUCUACCAGUUCAGCCAAGUGUAACACCCAGGUUUUGUAACGUGUGAGUGACAGUGGACCAGUGUGUGCUGUGUGACCUGUGGUGCUCGAA